AUGGGGCUUUCAAGCAGCCAGAAUUUGAGAAGCAGCGAUCCAGAUACAGCAGAUCUACCUGGGUCAGAAAACUCCGCGGGCCCCAGCUACAUUUCCGGCCAUCGCAAGCGCAAGCGCAGCGGAGAGUGUUUGGAACCAAAUUCUAGCGGCCACAUGUCUCAAGACCAGGGGGAGAGUCCCCAGCAAGUUCUCAGCAGGAGCCACAGGAAAAAAGUUAAGAUCGCGUCUGAGUUUGCUUACCAAACUUUAUUUUUGAAUGGGUUAGACAGUGACAUUAAAAUCCAUGCCCUGGGCCAAGUAUGGUAUUUACACAAAGUAUUUUUAUUUCAGUCAGGCUACUUUGCCAAUAUGUUCAAAGGCUCUUGGAAAGAAUUUCAUGGAGAUGUUAUUGAACUGGAGAUUAAUGACAAGAAUAUAGACAUUACAUCCUUGCACUUUGUAUUUGCUUCCUUGUACAGAGAUAAGGAUGUGCUAAUAAAUCCUCUUCUAGUUCCACGUGUUUUGGCAACAGCAUGCCUGCUUCAGGUAGACUACUUAAUUGAGCAAUGCAAUGAGACCAUGAAGGAAAUGAUUAAUAUGAAAACAGUAUGUGCUUAUUAUGUAGCAGCAGAAACAUAUGGGUUAGACUCUGUAAAGACAGGUUGUUUUGAAUGGCUGCUUCACAAUUUGAUGAUACACCCAAGUGUUGAACUGUACAAAGAAAUUAAUCCAGAGCUCAUGUGUCGGCUUGUAUCUUCUUCUAAUUUACUAGUGAUGCAAAAAGAAAUUGAUAUAUACACCACACUUAAAGAGUGGAUGUUCCUUCGUCUUAAUCCAAAUUGGAAAGGUUCAAUGAAACAGCUUUUAAUCGGUUCUAACAACUGGUUUUCUAAACACAUGAAAUGUGUUGGUAACACCGCUUUUCUUGAAAAAGAAGAAGGAGAAGCAUUUCAGCCCGUGUUUAAGAAAUUGAGGUUGCAGCAUAUCAUCUAUGACCUGUCCUCCAUAAGAAUCAUUGAACAUGAUCAGAUAAUACCUGCAGAAUGGUUAUCGACCAUUUGUAAGCAGCAAUGGCUUCUUUUGCUUCAGGCACAGCAACACAGUGUAAUUGGGCCUCGAGUCCUCAAUGACACAGAGCUAGAAGUUUACAGCAUGAGGUGUGGUAAAAGGAUUAUCAGAGACGGUAAAUAUUCCUGGAAGUGGUCAUCUUCCAACUUAGGCCUUCCCUUACGUGUUAUUUUUACCAGCCAUUAUAUACUUUUCAAGCAAAAUACUUCUAGUCAGGAACGUGAUGGUUCUACCUGUUCACAACCUAUACAGAAUGUGGCAUUCAGAAUAACUUUGGUUUAUUUUGAUUCCAUUGGAAAACCAACUUUCAGCAAAACAACUGGUUAUAAAAUUCUUUCCUUUCAAAAUGGUAAGGAACAAAUUGUAAUGAAGUUGAAUAACAUAGUUUUGCGCUUCCCUUUAUAUAUAUUCUGCAACUUCCUAUUUAUAUCAUUAGACAAUACAAGAAAAUGA